ACCUGGCACUGAUCGCGCGCCCAGUUGUGUGGGAGUAAGCUGCGCAGAAAUCCUCACUUUUAAACGUACACGGUCGGCUGGAAAUACCCAUUAAGAAGCGAGCUGGUGAAAUGGAUGUGUUAAAUGAUGAACACACGAAAAUGUACUUCUAUGAGAACAGACUAAAAACAUAUUCGGGGUGGCCGUUUGACGAGGGUUGCGCGUGUACUCCUGAGAACAUGGCCAGAGCCGGCUUCAUCCACACCCCUUCGGAGAACAGCCCGGACGUUGCCCAGUGCUUCUUCUGCUAUAAGGAGCUGGAGGGCUGGGAGCCCGAGGACGACCCGGUGAAGGAACACAAAGCGCAUUCUCCUUCCUGCAGUUUCAUCACACUGAAGAAGGAUGUCGGCGAGCUCACGGUCGAGGAGAUGAUCAGACUCCAGAAAGAGAGGGAGAAGUUCCUCAUCAAGAAGAAGUGCAGUCAGAUGAUUGAGAAGUUUGAGGAGGCGUCGAAAUCAAGAAGAGGCGAGUUGAUCAAAACGGCCGUGGAUGAGGAGUGAAGAAGUGGAGCUCCAGCAUUGUACUUACUCCGAGUUUGCGCGUUUUUACCCUGUUUGUUUUGUUUUCUCCUGUUCUUGUGCUUUUUAUUUGUACUCUGUCCUUCAUUUUUACACACAGUCCCAUCCAUUAGUGGACAAGGGACCAAAUAAUGGGGUUUUGAGUGUUUUCCCUGAGUGCUUUCGCACUGGGGCUCUAACAGAAUGCGCAGUGUGCGGAUUUGUUUUUUUGGGGGGGGUCGUACUGCAGAUGUCGCAUCUUCGGAGUUCUUUCCCUCGGAGGCACUUGAUUACGCUCUGCAUUAUUGACUCAUUAUGCAACCCCAGCGACAUGUGGCCCUUUAUUCUUUUAGUGGAGGCGUGGAGGGGCCUAUCUAUUGGCGAGUUCUCAUCGUUCCCGCCAUUGACCGCAUCGCCCCUCGGCCAAAGUAACGUGAUCGUUGCUCACCUAAUUCCCUGCGGAUGUCUAGGUUUGCGAGGACCCGACAUCUCAUCUGUGGAGG